GAGACGCCAUUAGAGGGAGGCGGAGAAGGAGAGCUCUUCGCUUUUCCUCUGGUGUCUGACGUGUUGUGCGGCGCUCGUCGUUCUAGGACUUUCUCUCGGCUCUUCCAGGCCUCGCCCGAGGAGGGAGCAGAGCCGGCGCCCGGGCGGGAGGGCAGAGGGGCGGGCAGCGGGUGCGGAGGGCCUGAGCCGGCCGCGGCCGUGGGGAGCUCGGCGCGGUUCUCGGGCUCAGGCGGCCGGGGAGCGGCGGGAUGGCUGCGGCCGGCGGCGGCGGCGGCGGGGCGGCGGGCCGAGCCUACUCGUUCAAGGUGGUGCUGCUGGGCGAAGGCUGCGUGGGGAAGACGUCGCUGGUGCUGCGCUACUGCGAGAACAAGUUCAACGACAAGCACAUCACCACGCUGCAGGCAUCUUUCUUAACAAAGAAGCUCAAUAUUGGUGGGAAAAGAGUAAACCUUGCCAUAUGGGAUACAGCAGGUCAAGAGAGAUUCCAUGCAUUGGGUCCAAUCUACUACAGAGAUUCAAACGGAGCUAUUUUAGUUUAUGAUAUAACAGAUGAAGAUUCAUUUCAGAAGGUAAAAAACUGGGUCAAAGAAUUAAGGAAAAUGUUGGGAAAUGAAAUUUGUUUAUGUAUAGUUGGUAAUAAAAUAGACUUGGAAAAGGAGAGACAUGUUUCUGUUCAAGAAGCAGAAUCAUAUGCAGAAUCUGUGGGAGCAAAACAUUAUCAUACUUCAGCCAAACAAAACAAAGGAAUUGAGGAGCUCUUUCUUGACCUUUGUAAAAGAAUGAUAGAAACAGCACAAGUGGAUGAGAGGGCAAAAGGCAAUGGCUCCAGUCAACCAGGAGCUGCAAGGCGAGGUGUACAGAUUAUUGAUGAUGAACCUCAAGCCCAGAGCAGUGGUGGAGGGUGCUGUUCUUCUGGAUAAGUGUUGACUCCUAAGAAAUUAAAAAAACUGUGGAUCAUUACCCUCAACAUGAAGACUGCCAUAUUCCAAGUCACAUUAUUUUACCAAUGGAGUUAUAGAAUUAACAGUAUUUUAAAUUACAUUUGUAACACUGCAGAGACCUUAAGUGCUAAACUUAGUGGAGUUUGUGACCAGAGAAUUGGCAUUUUCUACAAAUGUUAACAAAGCAAUUACCAAUGGCCUUUUUACAUAUUUUUUUCUUUAAUGAGGAAUAAUAUGCAUGUAGAAAAGACCUACUUAAAGGCUUCAUUUAUAUUCUUUUAAAUCAGAUCUUUAUUUAAUAACUUAUGUAUGUUGUUGGUAUGGUAUACAUUUUUGCAGCCCUUUGUAUUUUGUGGUAGUUUGAAUUGUAUCACUUCUAAACGGCAAACUGUUUCUGUUUUUGUUUUUGAUUAGCAGAUACCUGAAGUACUAUUUUUGCAGGGUUUGCACAGGCUCCUAACUGUCUACUACUUUGAUAUAAUCUAUACACAAUCCUGUAUGCUGAGCUGGUAAAAUACAUUGUAAAUUACAUAUUAAAUAUUUUAUCUGCUUUUACAAGCGCAAGGUGCAAAAAUGUAUCAAUAGUUUUAUUGAUGACUGUCAAGUGAAUUAACAUUUGGUGAUAAUGCCUAAGCUUUUUGACUCUGUUAAAAGAUAAAGAUCAUCACUCCCCUUUACUUUUGUCUUAACUUGAAAAUGGCGUGUUUAAAUUUUCAUACAUAUUUUACUUGAAUUACUGCUGUUGUCCCAUUUUUUGCUUCUGUAAGUCCAUACAAUAAUUGAACAGCAGCAUUUGCCUUUUGGUGUGGGUUCUUUUUGUUUGUUUUUUAAUUAUUAUUAAAACAAAGAUGACUUCUGAUUGGAAUGGUUACCUUAGAAGAAUUUGAGUGGAGCAUGCUGAGUUUCACCUUUGCAAAGCUUUAGUUUUCUUUUAGGCUUUUUAAGAGAUGGGUUCACUGGUGUGAAAAAAGAGAAAAAGGUCCCCAGAUGGUAGCCAUUCACCAAGAAACAGUUCGUAUGGCUUGUUAAUGUUACUUUAUACUCCUGAGGCAGCACUUGGAGAUCCCUUGGGAGCAAGUUGUAUUGGUCAUUGCUUGUCAGAAAUGAACACAGAAAGUUCUGUUUCAUUUUACAAGAGCUAUCCUUCUGAGUUUCUCUGGAGGAAGCAUUUCAUAUACAGUUAUAGUGAACACUGGAAAGAUUUAUUAUAAAAUUAUUUUCUUGUGUACUUUGUAAAUUAGUCCCUCAUUAGAUUUUAUUUCUUUACUAUUGGGCUGAAAUUUGUUAAUUUUAGUAGAAUCAAGCACUGCUCACAGAAAGAACACAGAUUGUGAAAAUUAACAUAAUUUGUUCUUGUUCUAACAUAUAUACAUUUUUCCAUUUCUGUCAUGCUUGGAAAACUAGUAAAUGUUAUGUCUAAGAUAAAAUGGAAUGGUCCCUGGAUUUACUUCUUAUAAGAAGCAGUAGUAUGUAAUAAAGGUGUUAGCAUGAUCGAUUAUAAGGUUAUAGUUACUGAAGAAAAACUACCAUGUUUUUAAGUUAAUAACUUAAACGUUCCUAAAUGAGUUAAAAGUUGAAUGACUGAACACUUUGAUGUUUGUGUUCCGUGAGCUCUCACUUUAUAUUUAAUUAUUGUCCUUGCCAAACUCAAUACACUUGACUUCUCUGUUAAGUGUAUUUGAGGAUGAUCAGAAUGGAAAGUCAAGGAGAUCAGCUGAUAUUGUCUUCUUUUAUGGGAUGAAAAGAGACUUUGUCUAGUCUCUUGGUUUCCUGUGAAGUUAGUGUUAUGUGGGGUUGAAAGGGGCAGUGAGAAUUGUGAGUCACAGGAAAAUUUAUUUUUGCCCUUCUGGUUCUUUUAGAAGGAGUAAAGAAAGCUGCCAUUCUUACUGUUAUAUAUAGGUGGGAAAUAAGCUCUUCUUAUGGAAUAGAAUAUGGUUUUAAACUAGAGAUGAAUGGACUUUGUUCCAAAAAAUGUUGUAAAACCUGGUAGUUGGAGACUACUUCAGUUCUUUUAAUUGUAUAAAUUCCAGAUAGGAAUUUUGCUCCAGAGUUGCUGGAUAGUUAUCAGUAGGUGAUAAACUUCUUUUUUUUUUUUUUUCA